GAGGAGGAGAAGCUCUGUCUUUCUCCUGCUUUAGCUCAGUAGUUCACUCCUUUUCUUUAUGCUGUUAUCUGUCUUUGGAUCAUCAGUCAUUUGGAAUAUUUGUUCUUUCAGAUUGUUUUUAUCACUUUUCAUUGCUUCACUGAUGUUUUACUUUUACUUCUUCUUUGUGUUGUUUUCUUAAAGUUCCUGUAACUUCUUGAAAAGUUUUUUUUGUCCUUUCAUUUCCUAAAACAAAUAUUUGUAUUUAUUUUCUCUGUGGUUUUUGUGUGACCCGCCAGCUGAGACGGUUUGUCCCGGCCUCGCUGGGUCCUGUUUUUGGGCUCGGCUGAGACCAGAGAAGGUCCAUGCAGCGCUACCGCCAAUAUGGUUCCUCCUCCUACUCCUCCUCGCCCUCCUCAGCUCCUGUAGAGGAGGUCCGCGCCGAGGAGGAGGUGUUUGAGGAGGAGCUGGUAGAGCAGGGAGAGCAGGAGACAGGAGGUGCUAAUGAGGAGGAGGUACCACAGACGAAAGGAGGAGGUAACACCUGCUGUCUCUGAGACAGAGGCCAAGACGCCGCCAGUGGAGAGCAAGAAUGGAAAGAGGACAGAAGGAGGAGGAGGGAGGAGGGGGAGGAGGAGAUGCAGGAGGAGGUCCUAAAUACUCCUGGUUUACCUGGUUCGUGGUCCUGGCUCUGCUGGGGGUCUGGAGCUCCUUGGCCGUGGUCUACUUCGACAUCGUGGACUACGACAGUGUCAUCGCCAGAGCUAAGGAGUUUCACAUGAACUUUUCUGAAGUUUUACAAGGUAAACUGACGGCCUACGACACAGACGGAGACGGAGACUUCGAUGUGGAAGAUGCUAAAGUUCUGCUCGGCCUGAAGGAGGCAGGAAGAGCAGCUGUGAGAGACUCACCUGAGGAGACAACAGCUCCCCAAGUUUUAAAGAGCGAAGAAACCAGUGAACCUGUGGCUGAAACACCAGAGCUGCAGGAGAACGAGCCGACGUCACCUGAGCCUCCGACUGCAGAGACUGUGUCAGAGAGCGACCUCCGACCUGCCCGCGAUGAUGAAGUCUCUGGAUCUCACGAUGUGGAGUCUGAAAUCCAAGCUGCCGUCCCUCUCCCUCCUGCGGUGGAAGACGACUUUGUACCAGAUGAUCCUCGAGGCAGCGUUCAUCCAUACGAGGAUGAAGCCAACACGAUCGACACCACUGGAGUGUUGGUGGAGGAGCCGCCGCCUCAGGAGAGUGUAGUGGAGGCUGGACAAUAUUUGGCAAGCUCCAAACUGUCUCAGGAAGCAGAGCCGGGUGUAGAAGCAGAGAAACAGCCAGAACCAGAACCAGAACCAGAACCAGAACCUCAGACUGAGACGCCUAAAGAGGCAGAGAGCGUCCCAGAGUCUGACGGAACAGCAGAGAAACAGGCCGAGGAGAAGCUCAAAGAAAAAGCGAAGAAGAAGAAACCAAAACUGUUCAAUAAGUUUGAUAAAACUAUUAAAGCAGAGAUCGAUGCAGCAGAAAAACUUCGAAAGAAGGGUAAAGUGGAGGAGGCGUUAAGAGCCUUUGAGACGCUGGUGCAGAAGUAUCCACAGAGCCCCCGCGCUCGCUACGGAAAAGCCCAGGCGGAGGACGACAUGGCGGAGAAGAUGCGGAGUAACGACAUGCUGCAGAGGGCGAUCAACACGUACAGAGAGGCAGCCGAGCUUCCUGACGUGACCCCUGACCUCCUGAAAGCUACGCUGAAGAGACGAGCCGAGAGGCAGCAGUUCCUGGGUCGGAUGCGAGGGUCUCUGGCGACUCUGGAGAAGUUGGUCCAGCUCUUUCCAGACGACAUCAGUCUGAAGAACGACCUGGGCGUCGCCCACCUGUUACUAGGAGACAACAAGGGCGCCAAGAAGGUCUACGAAGAGGUUCUGGCGGUUUCCCCCGGUAACGGCUUCGCUAAAGUUCACUACGGCUUCAUCCUGAAGUCAGAGAACAAGAUUGCAGAGAGUAUACCAUACCUGAGGGAGGGUUUGGAGUCCGGUGAACCAGGAACGGACGACGGCCGUUUUUAUUUCCACCUGGGAGACGCUCUGCAGAGGGUCGGAGACAACAGCGCGUACGAUUGGUACGAGUUGGGUCACAAACGUGGCCACUUCGCCUCAGUGUGGCAGAGAUCUCUGUACAACGUGAACGGACUGAAGGCUCAGCCCUGGUGGACGCCUAAAGAGACCGGAUACACCGACCUGGUCAAGACGUUGGAGAGGAACUGGAAGACGAUCAGGGACGAGGCUCUGGCUAUGAUGGACCAGAACACCGGAGUGUUCAUACCUGAGGAGGAAAACCUGAGAGAGAAGGGAGAGUGGGGCCAGUACACACUGUGGCAACAAGGGAGGAAAGUUGGAAAUGCCUGUGAGGGCGUCCCAAAGACCUGCUCACUGCUGGAGAAGUAUCCUGAAGCUACAGGCUGCAAGAGAGGACAGAUUAAGUUCUCAGUGAUGCAGCCUGGGACUCAUGUGUGGCCUCACACUGGUCCCACCAACUGCAGACUGAGGAUGCACCUCGGCCUCGUCAUCCCCAAACAGGGCUGCAAGAUCCGCUGCACCAACCAGACCAGGGAGUGGGAGGAGGGUAAAGUCCUCAUCUUCGACGACUCCUUCGAGCACGAGGUUUGGCAGGACGCCGACAGCUACCGCCUCAUCUUCAUCGUGGAUGUCUGGCACCCGGAGUUAACGCAGUACCAGCGCCAGACUCUGAGCCCGAUUUAGCCUCAGACCAAGGACAAACCGGGACGCAGACGGACGAAUGUGGACCACAAAAACCUGGUGAGGAUCUUGAAUGAUUCCUCCUCUGUGGAUCAAACAGCUAAAAACACUGACUGCCUGAAUCUGGGAGGAGUUUGACCAACAGACUGUUUUUGUUUGUUUUUUGCCUUUUUUGUGGAUAAACUACUAAAACUGCAGAGGAUUGUCAAAGGACUGAAAAUUAAAAAAACAAAAUAUCUGUUUUUUCUGGGUAAUACUACUGACCUGACAGCCACCAAAAACCAACAUACGGUACUUGUUUUAGCCCAGUUUACAGCUCCUCCUGUCAUGGAACCCUUGAGAGUAUUAUGGUGUUUUCUAGCUCUGGAAAACUUGGGUGUCAUUUCCAGGUGUGUUUAAUUUUUCCCAAAGGUACAGAAUAGUUACUGAGUCUCUGGUGUUACCCAUCAAGUUACGAAGAUAAAUUGUUAAAUGAAAGUUGAAACACUAAAACAGAACAGAAAAAAGCUCAUUUACAUUUUUGAUAAUGUUGCAGGAGUGUUGUUUUUCUCUGAAAUAUCCAACGUGUAUGAACGAUGAGAGAAGAAGAAGUUUAGCUCAACCACUAUGCAUUGUUUCAGUUUAACCAGCCGGGUUUUCAGUUUCACUCUUUCAUCACUUUUGCACAGUAACAAGGAAAUGUAAGAUGCUAUAAAAGAUGAUUUAUAUUUAUAUAAAAAAUACACAAAAAACUGCAACCACAAAAACAAA